AUGUGGCUCCCGCUACUGACGACUCCAGAGACGGCGGCAAUAGUAAUUGUCUUGUCCGUGUCCGCGGCAGUUCUUUACAAACUUGCUUUGCCCAAGCCACUUCCCGGGAUACCUUACAACAAAAAUGCGGCUCGGAGCAUACUGGGCGAUUUGCCUGAGGUGGCCAAGUUCCAAAAGGAGACACGUCUCUUCUGGAUUUGGCUCACACAGCUGGCGGAGCGGCUGCAGGCCCCAAUUGCUCAGGUCUUCCUCCGGCCCCUGGGCAAGCCCUAUGUCAUCGUCACCGACUAUCGGGAGGCGCACGAUAUCCUAGUGCACCGGCACAAGGAAUUCGACCGCGCCGAUUUCUUCAGAGAUACUAUGGGACCACUCACUCCUGAUGCCCAUAUUCUGUUCAAGACAGACGACAACUUUAAGCUACACCGCAAGGUGAUUGGGGAUCUGAUGAGCCCUGCAUUCCUGCAGAACGUUGCCGCACCCUCACUUUAUACGAAUCUCUGCAAGCACAUCGCCUUGUGGAAUGCCAAAUCCCGCCUGGCACAAGGUCAUCCCUUUGAGGCGAUCGACGAUAUCUACUACAGCGCUUUCGACGCUGUCACCUCUUUCACUUUUAGUGAUAACUUUACCCACAAUGCCACCAAGUCACGUGUCAGCCUCUAUCAAUCCAUGUCUACCGACAAAAUCCAACUGCCCACUGGCACAGAUGAAGCAGUCAUCUUCCCCAAAUCUCCCAUUGUGGAUGAAUUCGUAGAGGCAUUCCGUGAGCUCGCGCUUGUGUACGAAGAGGUCCUAGCUUCCAUGUGGCCCAGGCUGCAGUGGGUUUUUAUCUUGCGACGGCCUAGAGUCCGUCACGCCGUUGAAGUGAAGGAAUCUGUAUUUCACCGGGAAAUCGAGGAGGGAAUACAGCGGCUGGAUGGUGGAAAGAACGAAUCACGGGUCAAGUCAGCCAUGGACCACAUGCUGUUUCGGGAAGCUACUAUUGCUUCUAAAGAGGAGCGCAAGCCAGACUUCCACCGCCGGACGAUAUACGACGAGCUUAUCACCUUUAUCUCAGCUGGGCAUGACACAAGCUCAACAACGCUAUGCUGGGGCAUCAAGCACCUAGCAGACAACCCAUACGCGCAAGAAAAGAUUAGGCGUCAGUUGUUCACGUCUCUUCACGAAGCCCGAGCCGAGAAACGCUGGCCAAAUGAGCGUGAGAUCCUUCGCACCCCUAUGCCAUAUCUAGACGCCCUGGUGGAGGAAAUGCUUCGGCUGGCACAGCCGGUUCCUGGACUCGUCCGCCAAGCCACCGUGGACACCCAGAUCCUCGGCCGCCAUAUACCCAAGGGUACCGAGGUCUUCAUGCCUGUCAACGGUCCCGGCUUCUUCAGCCCGGCCUUCCCGAUCGACGAUUCACUGCGAACAGCGCAGUGCCUCGAGGCUAAAUCGAGGGUCCGCGCCUGGCCGGAAGACGGCCACAUGGCCGACUUCAGGCCGGAGCGGUGGCUGGUACCAGCGCCUGCGGACGGCUCGGUGCAGCCGGAAGCCACCUUUGAUGGUUUCGUGUUCGACCAGACUGCAGGCCCCAUGAUGGCUUUCAGCCUGGGUCCAAGGGGCUGUUUUGGCCGGCGGUUGGCAUACGUCACGCUCAAGAUCCUGACGACGCUCAUCAUGUGGAACUUUGAGCUUCUUCCCUGUGGUGAAAAGCUAUCGUCUUACAAGGCGCACGAUAUGCUCACUAAUCGGCCCGACUUCUGCUACGUGCGUCUUAAGUCGGUGGAUGAUACCGCCUAG